UUUCCCGUUCUUGUUCUUGUUCUUGUUCGUAGUGCGGUGUUUCAUCUGCUACUCCGUGGCCGUGGAAGAUUGUUUCGCUGAAUGCUCGCGGGGUUCAUUCGUGUAGUUUUUGAUGGUGAAUCUCGCACCCAAGCGGUUCUGUGUCAUUUGAAGGAGAGCCAACGAUUUCUUUCUUGGUUUUUGGAUGGUGGGUCAUUUGUCUUUGCGCAUGGUGCGGCGAAUUGGAAAUGGCGAGAGCCCAAAGGGGACAUUUUUUUGUGGGUAGACAGAGACCGAGGGAAACCCGUUUGAUGUGAUGGGAAUUCAAGAUCCACUUAUGGGCACUAGGCUUGCCCACGUUUGUUGGGUACUUAUUGACUGAUGUACGUGAGCGUGAUCACUUGUGCACGAUCUGAAUCGGGGCUCGUUUGCUCCCUUAAUCGGUCUGAGCCAUGGCAUUCAUCAGCAAGGUGGGGAACAUUCUAAAGCAGACUGUGAGCAAGCAUGCCAACUUUGAGUCAUCUGCUCAUUGUCCAUCUAUGUACCAGGCUAUAAGGUGCAUGUCCUCAAAGCUUUUCAUUGGAGGUCUUUCUUAUAGCACUGACGAUAUAAGUCUCAGAGAAGCUUUUGCAGGAUAUGGGGAGAUUAUUGAAGCUAGAGUAAUUAUGGACCGUGAAACCGGAAGGUCUAGAGGUUUUGGGUUUGUUACUUUGGCUUCUAGCGAUGAGGCCUCCAAUGCAAUCCAGGGCAUGGAUGGACAGGAUCUUCAUGGCCGAAGGAUAAGAGUGAAUUAUGCCAUAGAGAAAUCUCGCGGAGGAUUCGGCGGUUCUGGUUUUCGACAAGGUGGUGGUGAAUUUGGUAAUGCGGGUAAUUUUGGCGCUGGAGGUUAUGGAGGAGGCGGCGGGUAUGGUUAUGGACAAGGAGGGGACAGCUACAAUGCCAGAGCUGGUGGAUAUGGCGGUCGCAGUAGUUAUGGGGGUGGCAGCUACGGUGGUGGCAGCAAUUUCGACGGUGGAAACAGUGGUGAUUUUGGUGCCGACAGUAGGGGAGACUUCGGUGUUCCUGGUGGUGGUGGUGGUGGUGCCAAUGGUGGUGACUUCUUUCCCAGUGAUAAUGCUGGGGCAGAAACAUUGGAAGACAAUCCUAAGGGCGAUGACAAUGAACCCGAUAAUUGUGCCAACACCAGGGUCUGAUCAAAAGCCAUAUCUUGACGGCUAAUCUCAAUUAAGUAAAUAGCCGAGGGACGGAGGAUGAGUCGGAGUGUAAGGCUCGAAAGGUGUUCUCUGUUCUCUUGCUCUUGUGUUCUUCCCUUUUCGCUUGAAAACAAUGAUGGUUAUAAUUCUAUCAUGGCCUGUCGUUGAUGUCUCAUCUCAUGUCCGUCGAAUAAUGCUAAAAAGAUGGUUUGCCCAGGGAAUUGUACUCUUAACUGCGAAUGUAAAAAUCAAGAUUUUAGACC